CAUUCACCCCUACAAAAAACCUUGUGUUUUCCUCUUCCCUGGUAUUUUCUUCCUUGUGUCUUGAAAUAUUUAUAACUAGAUAAUUGUAGCCAUAAUUUACUUUGGGAAAAAAAAAAAAGACAAUUAGACUUGCAGUCAAAAGAACGGGGUUUGAAAUUCAAAUAUGUCACUAAAAGGCUAUAUGUGUCUAUGGGCAAAUCAUUUUAAAUUUUAGUCCCUUAGUUUCCUUCUCUAAGGUAGGGAUAUUUAAGCUAUUUUUAAGAUACCUUUUAAUUUAAACAGCUGUGAUUCUGUGAAGAAUAAGACAACAGUUUUUGUCUUCAUGAAGAGUCUCAGAGUACAAUGCAACAGCAUACUUUUUUUUCCUUUGUAUACUUACAAGUUAAGUACUUUUUCAUUACUUUUGAUAAUGAUAAUAGUAAGAGAAUGUUAGUUCCUUGCAAGGAGAAUGAUUUGAUCUUUACUGAGGAUUCAGUGCUUUCUUGUUCUAAAUUUAAAUUCAUAAUAUUUCACAUGUAGUUUGUUAUAAUCUGUGCCACUGUAUAUUAUUCCCUAUGCAUCAUCAAGAGAGCAAAAAAAGUUGUUAACAAAUAGAGUACUUAAAAAAUUAAAAACAACAACAACAAAAUAGAGUACCUAAUUACUAUUCUGGAGCUCAGAUUUGCCUUUUCUGGCUUUGACUCUGAUAGCACUAACCUGCUAUCACUAUCACUAGCACUAAUCCUAAAGAUCUGUGGCCUAAUUACAAAUUAUUAUCUUCCUGGGUCCUUUCUCUCUAGUUUUCUUUUAGGCUUUCUCUUCUAUUCUGGCUUCUCUUACUUUAAAACACAAGUUCCUGGAUUUUAGAAUAAGAACCCCUGGUAAUAUCUUUUUUUCUCCAGUUGUUUGAUAGAUAUCUCCAUUCAAAUGAAGAGUUUGUCUUCCCCUUGAGAGAAGCCAUUUCUUAUUUGGGCAUUUGUCCCUAGGGAUUGAGGCUGAUAGGCUGAUGGGCAUGUUAAAAGGACUUUGCAGAAUACUUCAUCUUUCUGUCUUUCCAUAAUUUGUACUCUUUCCUCUCCUUUUUUUUUGCUUCUGAAGAGAAGAAAAUGGAGAAGGGGAAUCAAUCAUAUUUGUUUCCUCCAAUCAUAUCCUUAGACAUUUACCAAAGUUCCAAGGGCACAAAACCAGGAAAAACUUAACUGGAUAAGAUGAGAUUGUACUUCCCCCAUCAAACUUAUGGUGAUCUAAACUCCUAAAGAAAUUAAGAGAAGUUUUAAAAAGUAAUAUGUCAGAUAACAGCUCGUAUUUGCAGAAAUGAGAGAUUUAUAGGGGAGAAAUGUGAGAAUCUAGAAGUUUGAGGGAGGCUUGAAAGAAGAAAGAAAAUUAAAGAAAAUAGGUAUAUUUUCAAAAAAUACAGUUUGGCAUAUAAGUAAAUUUCCAUAUACCCAGAAUUUUUUAUUAAUUUAGUAAUUUAGCUAAGUAAAUGUUAUCAUAUGUGCAAAGAUGUGGAUUACUGAUUUUUAGGAAAUUAGAAAAUGAUAAAAAUGCAUUUAACAUGGAAAUAUGAACAGCACUAGAACUUUAGGGGUUCUUCAUAAUUUAUAAUUGAAUACUAAAUAUAGUUUGCAUGAAUAAAUGAAAAGGCCUUUAUUAAGCUUUGUGCUAUAUGCUAGGCAAUGUAUUAAGUUCUGGGAAUUCAAAUAAAGAAAGCAAGAUAAUCCCUACCCUCAAGGAGCUGAUAAUAGGAAAAGAUAAAACAAAUAGCAGAGUGGUAUUAUAGUGAUAGAGAAGUGAAUAUGGUAGGUGAACCCCCCCCCCCCCCCAUAGUAUGAACCUGGCUAUAGAGAAGGAGCAGCUGUACCCAAGUGAUGGUGAUAUAUACUGGGUUAGUUAUGAUGAGGGCUUCCCAAUCAAAAGCCAGGGUACGAGGGGACAGUGCCUUGAUCAUUCUUAAAACACUUUGAUGUAUUAUGCAUGGAGUGGUCACGUGAUGAACAUCAGUUAUAAUAUUUUUUAAAGCUAUGCUCUCUGGUAAUUUAUCUUCUAGAUAAGCAAGAAAUUGAAUAAAAUAGGAAUAUUUGCUUUAUUGUCUUGGUACCUAGUUGCCUUUUAUUAUUACUCCUUCCCUCUGAGAAUUUUUGCAUUGUUAGGAAUCAUCAACCAGUCAGUUGAAAUCAUAUGUUUACUCUAGAAUUCUGGUUUGAUGCAUACAGCUUGUUGGUAGCAAUUGAUAAUACCUCCUUUUCUCUCUCCCUUCUCCAUUAUAUUAACAUCCAUUAGGGAACAUUGAAUUGCAGUUUGGGGUAUAAUCUGCCUCUUCUCCUCCUAAUUACUUGUCCAUAUUUCUAGCUAUAUCAGUAUAGAACAUGGUAUUUUAAAGAUAAUUAUUUAAAAUACAGAAAUAGUCAAGGAAAGAAACCAAAAAUAUACAUAUAAAGCUUGUUUUUCACCUAUGCUUUUAGUAUAAAAUUACACUUAAUGUAAGUGUAUUAAAGUAAACCAAAGCUUUAAAACCGUGCAAUCUCGAUUGAUAGAAAAACUACAUUACUAUUUGAUAUGAAGCAAAAACCUGUGAAAAGGCACCAACAAUUAUAUUAGUGUUCAAUCAAUUCAGUCAAUAAUAAAAAUCAUUUGAAUGCAUUUAGCCUUUUUGAGGUGAUGUGACACUGAGCUGCAGGCAUUUGAGAGUGCCAAAGCAGAGGAAUAAGUGAUCCCUGAAGGCUGGCAUGCUGCCUUGGAGACUGUUUUUUAGCCCAGGCUUGCUCUACAGAACAGAAUGCAGCAUGUCAGCUGACACUAGUAUUAGUUUCAGGAUCAGGAGGAAAUGGAGUGUAAUUCCAAAACUUGUCACUCCUUGAAAAGUAUGAGCUCUGGGAUUGAAACUUUAGUGGAGGAGCUUUGCUCCAGACUUAAAGACCUUCAGAGUAAGCAAGAAGAGAAGAUUAACAAAAAAUUAGAGGGAUCUCCCUCUCCAGAGGCAGAAAUAUCUCCCACAGCAAAGGAUCAAGUGGAAAUGUACUAUGAAGCAUUUCCACCACUUUCUGAAAAACCAGUUUGCCUGCAAGAAAUCAUGACCGUAUGGAAUAAAUCUAAAGUUUGCUCUUACUCUAGCUCAUCCUCAUCAUCCACAGCUCCACCAGCCACCACAGACACGUCCUCUCCCAAGGAUUGCAAUAGUGAAAGUGAAGUCAUUAAAGAGAGAAGUAGUGAAGUGUCCAGCACUGUACAUGAGCGAAUUCAGCUGAAAAAAAGUAAAAAUGAGAAAGAGAACAAGUUUAAUAAUGGCACAAUUGAAGAGAAGCCUGCUUUCUAUAAAAAGCAAAUCCGACACAAACCUGAAGGAAAAAUUCGCCCUCGAUCCUGGUCUUCAGGUUCUAGUGAAGCAGGCUCAAGUUCAAGUGGUAAUCAGGGAGAAUUAAAAGCAUCAAUGAAAUGUGUUAAAGUAAGGCAUAGAACAAGAGAGAUUCGAAACAAAAAAGGGCGUAAUGGUCAAAGCAGGAUUUCUGUGAAGACCAGUGAAAGGGCUGAAAGAAAGUAUCAUGCUGGAAGUAGCAGCAGCAGUAGCAAUGGGUCCAUCAAACAACUGUGCAAAAGGGGCAAAAGACAUUUGAAAGAAAUUGGAAGAAAUGAUCCUGGCAGCACUGAUGGAAAAGAUCUGUACUUGGAAAGUAGAAAUGAAAAAGAAUAUAAAGAGGAGCCAUUAUGGUAUACGGAACCAAUUGCAGAAUAUUUUGUUCCUGUGAGCAGAAAAAGUAAACUUGAGACUACAUACCGAAACAGGCAAGAUACAUGUGAUCUAACAUCAGAAGCAGUAGAAGCAUUGUCAGAAUCAGUGCAUGGUCUUUGUAUUAGCAACAAUAAUAUUCAUAAAACAUACCUCGCAGCAGGUACUUUCAUUGAUGGUCACUUUGUAGAAAUGCCUGCAGUUAUAAAUGAGGAUAUUGACCUCACUGGGACCUCAUUGUGUUCUCAACAAGAGGACACCAAAUAUUUAGAUGAUGUUCAUCUGUCAGAACUAACACACUUCUAUGAAGUGGAUAUUGAUCAAUCCAUGUUGGAUCCUGGUGCCUCAGAUACGAUGCAAGGAGAAAGUCGGAUUUUGAAUAUGAUUCGACAAAAGAGUAAAGAGAAAACUGAUUUUGAGGCAGAAUGUUGCAUAGUGUUAGAUGGAAUGGAGUUGCAAGGGGAAAGUGCAAUAUGGACAGAUUCUACCAGCUCUGUUGGUGCUGAGGGAUUAAUCUUGCAAGACCUUAGUAAUUUAGCUCAAUUUUUGGAGUGCUGUUCAUCUUCAAGCUCUGGUGAUGCAGAUGGGGAAAGUUUUGGAGGUGAUUCUCCUAUUAGACUCUCACCUAUCUUAGACAGCACAAUGCUUAGUUCACACAUGCUUGCUGGCAAUCAAGAGCUCUUUUCAGAUAUUAAUGAAGGGUCUGGUAUAAACUCUUGUUUUUCAGUGUUUGAAGUGCAAUGCAGUAAUUCUGUUUUACCAUUUUCUUUUGAAACACUCAACUUGGGAAAUGAAAAUACAGAUUCUAGUAGUAGUGCUAAUAUGCUUGGAAAAACACAGUCUAGGUUGCUAAUAUGGACCAAAAAUAGUGCCUUUGAUGAAAAUGAACACUGUUCCAAUCUUUCAACAAGAACUUGUAGUCCAUGGUCACACUCAGAAGAAACACGUUCAGACAAUGAGACUUUAAAUAUUCAGUUUGAAGAAUCCACGCAGUUUAAUGCAGAAGAUAUUAAUUAUGUAGUUCCCAGAGUCUCCUCAAAUUAUGUAGAUGAAGAACUUCUAGAUUUUUUGCAAGAAGAAACUUGCCAGCAAAAUGAUCGAACUUUAGUAGAGAUGCCUAAUUUGGUUUUCAAAAAAAAAUCUAAACUAGAAUCUGUCUGUGGUAUUCAACUAGAACAAAAAACAGAAAGUAAAGAUUAUGAAGCUACACAAGUUUGUAGUGACAGCAGUCCACCAGGAGAUGGCUACAGCUCAGGGGUUAUUAAAGACAUUUGGACAAAUAUGGCAGACAGAAAUUCUGUAGCAAUGGUAGAAAUAGAAAGAAUAGAUGAUGAGUUGUUUUCAACAGAUGUAAAUAACUACUGCUGCUGUUUGGAUACUGAAGCUAAAAUGGAAACCCUCCAUGAACCUAAUAAGGUAGUGCAGAGAUCAGAGUACCAUCUAUGGGAGGGCCAGAAAGAGAACUUGGAGAAAAGAGCAUUUGUUCCAAGUGAGCUAUCUAAGGUAGAUGGUGGCGAUUAUACUACACCCUCCAAACCUUGGGAUGUAAAUGAGGAUAAAGAAAACGCAUUUAUUCUUGGUGGAGUUUACGGAGAACUCAAAACAUUUAACAGUGAUGGGGAAUGGGCAGUAGUACCACCUAGUCACACAAAAGGAAGCCUACUACAGUGUGCAGCUUCUGAUGUGGUGACAAUAGCUGGUACAGAUGUCUUUAUGACUCCAGGAAACAGCUUUGCACCAGGUCACAGGCAGUUAUGGAGACCAUUUGUAUCAUUUGAACAGAAUGAUCAAUCUAAGAGUGGGGAAAGUGGAUUAAAUAAAGGGUUUUCUUUUAUCUUCCAUGAAGACUUACUAGGAGCUUGUGGUAACUUUCAAGUCGAAGAUCCUGGGCUCGAAUAUUCAUUCUCUUCCUUUGACUUAAACAAUCCAUUUUCACAAGUCCUUCAUGUAGAAUGUUCAUUUGAACCAGAAGGGAUUGCAUCUUUCAGCCCUAGUUUUAAACCUAAAUCAAUCCUCUGCUCUGAUUCAGACAGUGAAGUUUUUCAUCCCAGGAUAUGUGGUGUUGACAGAACACAAUAUAGGGCUAUAAGGAUUUCUCCAAGGACUCACUUUCGCCCAAUUUCUGCAUCUGAACUGUCUCCAGGAGGAGGAAGUGAGUCGGAAUUUGAAUCUGAAAAAGAUGAGACAAAUCCUCUCCCUUCUCAAGUUGAUGUGUUUGAAGAUCCACAAGCAGAUCUCAAACCCCUGGAAGAAGAUGCGGAGAAAGAAGGGCAUUACUAUGGAAAGUCAGAGCUUGAGUCUGGAAAAUUCCUUCCCAGAUUGAAAAAAUCUGGAAUGGAGAAGAGUGCUCAGACAUCACUGGAUUCCCAGGAGGAAUCAGCUGGGAUUUUGCCAAUAGGAAAGCAAGAUCAGUGUGUGGAAUGUAGCAUGAAAGAAUCUGUAGAAACAGAGCAUAUAGAAAACUCGGAAGUGAAUUGCAAAAUACUGGCACCUUGUGAAGAAGAAAUAAAUAAUUUUUGCAGUUGUAAAGCAGGCUGUCAAUUCCCUGCAUAUGAAGAUAAUCCUGUUUCUUCAGGAGAGCUAGAGGAGUUUCCUAUAAUGAAUACUGAUCUUCAAGGAAUGAGUGGCAAUCAAGAGAAGCAGUGCUGGUGGGGAAAAGCGCUGUACUCUCCCCUUUUUCCUGGAUCAGAGUGUGAAGAAUGUUAUACAAAUACCAAGGGAGAGAAUGGCUUGGAAGAGUAUCCAGAUAUUAAAGAAAUACCCAACGAUGGAGAGCAUCUGUUAGACUUUAAUAGAGUGUCUUCUGUUUACGAAGCAAGGUGUACAGAAGAAAGAAAUCCUGGAACAAAAUCAAAUGGCUUCCGGAAAAAAUUAUAUUCCAGUGAUAGUUCCAACUCUGAAGACACAGCCUCAGAAGGUGGUAGUGAAUGGGUUGAUCCUUGUGAAGAGGAGCUUUUUUCUCGAACUCAUCUUUGAAACUGCAGAGUAGUACCAAUUGUCUAAAAAAGUAAUAUAUGAUGGAAAACUCCUUUUUGUGAGACCUGUUACUCUAAAACAACAACUUGGGUUUCCUCUUCAAGUAACUGAUUCAGAUGCGUAUUUAUCUUUCUCUUCUUGCUUAUUUUAUGGUUGAGGAUAACUCUCCUCUUGGAACAUUUUUUCCCCCAACCUGUUCAAUUCUUGGCUAUUUGAAAUAGACUAGAUUGUGUUGUCAAUUCAAGAAUGGGUGUGCAUGUGCUUAUCUUAGAUGCAUCACUGCUCUUUGCCUCUUAACUGCAGUUAUUUUCAUUUGUAAUUGCAGCCUCACCACUAUUAUCUUAUUAGCAUUGCAGUGUCUAUAACUCCUUCUGCUAUUCAGAGACUUUAGCUUUUGGCACAUUUUAGCUUUGUUCUCUAAGAACUGGGAGAUAAAUACUGAACACUGUAAUUUAUCAGUGCCUUUCUGAAUGCAGGAGAAGAGCAUGAAUGACUUGUCUAGUCUUCAUUUGGUAAAAUCUCAUGUAAAAUUGAAGUAGGAACAACAAGGUUGUGCUUUAGAGACUUACAGAAUACUGUGUUUUCUAUCUUAUGAUAUUUUCCCCCCUAAAUAAACCCACAGAGGAUUCUAUGGUUUGUGAUUUUCUUGCUAACUGGAGAAGCCAAGGAUUUUUUGUUUAAUUUUUGGUAUGUGUGGAGGCAGUGUGAGGGGGUUGCAGUCUCUCUUCCAUUUCUUUCUUUUCCCCUUUCUUCCUCUUCUCUGUCCUUCUUUUGUAAUCAUUUUUUUCAUUUUCAGUCCAUUCUCUCUUCCCUUUCUUCUUUCCCUCGUUCUGCCUUUUCCUCUUUGCUGUCUCCCUACUUUCCAUCUCUCUUUUCUUUUCCUCUUCUCAUUUUCCUUUCAUUUCUACUUUCAGUUCUUCUCUCUUCCUCCAUCUCUCUAUUUCUUUGUCUUUUUUUUUCUUUUAUAAAGCUGAUGAACAUUGAGAAAUAACACCAAAAAAAUGUCAUGGGGAUUAGGGUUGGGGGGGGGGGGACAGGGAUUUGGGAUGGUAAAUCUUUUAACAAGAAAUAAGGACUAUGUCUCCUUGCAAAUGAUUACCUUAGUGUAACCUGCAAUGCAUCCUGUAUUUGAAUUUGAGCCUAUUGAACUCAUCUAAAAUGCUCAUAUUUUAAAGUGUUUUAUAUGCAAAAAAGGUCACACUUCACUUGAAAGAAAUCUUUGGCUGCUGCAGUUAGCUGCUGUUGUGGCUGUAAUUUAGUAGAUCUUGUAGUUCAUUUGUGUUUUCUGAGAGAAUGUUAGGGGCAAGUUAUGUGUGUGGUGGGUGGGUGGGUGGGGUGCAGAGUAAUGAUUUUCAACAUACACGUGUGAUUGCAGUAGUGAUGGUUGCUUUCUGUGACUUGCUUUUAAAUUUUCUUUUGUUAACCUAGACAGUCAGUACAUUGUCAAGUUAUAUCUGUACAAGACUAUCAACUCCUAGUGCUUUUAACACGUUAUACAAAAUGUUGAAGCCAGGAGGAGCAAUAUUUGCAAAACCUAAACAUUCUAAGUUUUUACCAACUCUUCAUUUUAAGAACUAAUCUAUACAAUAGCAGCAUGUCUAGAACAUCAGGAAAUGUAGAGAGUCCAAUGUUGACUUGAAAGCUUAACUAUUCAUUUUGACAGGCAAUAAGAACUCAUACAAACUCUUUUUGAAAUGUGAGCUGAACUAGCUUUGAAAAUAUGUUACUUGAUUUUGAAUAAGUAAUUGGGUUUUGUUGCAUUUUAUUGAUGACAUGGAAAACACUGUCUAAGGUUGUAAAGUCAUUUGAGGAGGUUAUAUGUCCUUGCUGUUGGAAACCCUGAUUAAAUUGGCUAGGUUUGAUCAUGUCAAAUAAACAGAAUUAUAUGAGGGUUUAUAUUUCUGCAGCAGAUCAUUUAACACUUUUUUCUUGUUGUUAUUUAUUUACAAAUUUUGGAUAAAUUUUUCUGUAACUUAACUGUAUUCUGGAGCUUCCUAAGAAAAGGUUGUUAACCACCUGCACUGAAAAGAAUUGUGAACAAUAAUGGUAAAAAAAAAAAAAAAAAAAAAAAAAAAAAAAUUACUUUGUAAAUUCCUCAAAUUAGGACAUGGAAAUUAUGGAUAGGAUAGCAAAGAUCAAAUAGAUGCAUUUCAAACACAACCUUCAGCUCAUUUUCUUUUUAACUGAGCUGAUUCUCUAAGCAAGGAAGGGCUCCGAAUGGCAGAGGUGCUGACUUCAUUCACAUCAUGAUGUAGAAAGGCAGCCCUUGUAAAGGGAAGGGGGUGGGACAGGGAGGGUCUGGGCAAUAACAAAUUAUGUCUUUACUUGUUUCCAUACUUAAGUGGCUCAGAAGCUUUCAGCAAGAGAGUUGAAGUGUGAUUUUUAGUUAUUUGUAUGGAUAGAUACAAAACAGCAUUAAAGGUUGGCAAAAUGCUGAAACGCACUGUGGUAUGAAGCGCGUGGCAUAUCCAUAGCACUGAAAUAUCAGUUUUCCAUUCCUGGGCUGAGAUUUGUUUUCUACUUUUUUGCUUCAAGUGGUUGUAUUGUUCUGAUUUCACGUACACCAGAGUAACUGAUUUUGUUUUCUUGUGGAGUUACUUAACACCAAAUAAAAAUUUAAAAGGA